AGGCACAUUUCAGCCAAAAUUGUCUGACCAUAAAAUUUGUUUCCCAAGAAGUGUUUGACAUAAAGUUUCAUUUCUUGUUGCAGAUGCAAUGAAGCAGCCCUUUGCAGACAGUGAAUUUGACUUAGUCUGGUCCCUAGAGAGUGGCGAACACAUGCCUGACAAGCGAAAGUUUAUGGGAGAGCUUGUACGAGUUGUGGCUCCCGGAGGGCGCAUUAUUGUUGUAACGUGGUGCCAUCGGAACCUCUUGCCUAACGAGAAAUCAUUGACCGACAGUGAACAGGCUUUGCUGAAGAGGAUCUGUGAUGCCUACUAUCUGCCUGCAUGGUGUUCCACGGAUGACUAUGUGAAGAUUGCCAAGGACCUGGGGUUAGAGGAUAUACAAACAGCUGAUUGGACAGAGUUUAUUGCACCAUUCUGGCCAGCGGUGAUUGAGUCUGCGAUCAGUGUGCAGGGGUUGGUUGGUCUUCUAAGAUCAGGCCUGAAGACCAUUCGUGGCGCCCUUGUGAUGCGUCUCAUGGUGGAAGGCUAUAAAAAGGGCCUUAUCAAAUUUGCCCUCAUAACGUGCAGAAAACCAUGCUCACAAGUGGUGAGCAAUGGUGCCUGAAUAAUGGUAAGUUUCCACAGAAGAGGCCUCUGGGCUUUCCAGGUGUUGUGAUCAUCGUAUCAUGCACACAGCUCAGGUUCUUCGACUUUCAAGUAACUUCAUUUUGCUGGAUUCCAUGCCAUAGUGCAGAGUGUCCAUUGACUCUGCUUUUGUUCGGACUCUUCACGCAUAGUCUCUGAUGAUCCUAUACAUACAUAUAUAUAUAUAUGCUGGUUUCCUGUGGAUUAUCCAUUGCAUAUGGAUUUUGAAAUUCACUCAAUUCAAUUCAAUAAGUGGGCUAGGACUUUCCUUCCUCCCAAUCACCCCACAUAGAAACUAUAGGUAUAUAAAACAGCUUCAAUGCAGAAACAUCUGACAGGGACAGACCAUAUAGACAAGCUAGAGUCAACGAGGGCUUAGGGUCUUAGCUCCAAAAUAGGUUAAGAGCAGAAACAUAGACGAACAGGCUAACUUCGGCAGGGGUGAAGGGUGGUACAUCCCUCUUUCGUGAGGUAAUCAAUGCCGUCCUUCGGGCCUCCACACCAUGAGGAGGAGGUGCGUGAGUGAGUAUAUAUUGUAAUCUUUUCUGACUUGCCGGUGGAAUAGGAACCGGACUGACGCUCCCCAGAAUGGAAAAGGAGUCGGAACCCUAAGGUUCUGUUUUUCAAACUUAAAAAAAAAAGUGAAAAAAAAAGGUGGGUGAGGACUUUCCCACUCAUAGUGAAGUAAUAAGGUCAGAGAUUAUCCGUGUGACACCAUGAGGAGCUUACCAUUUCUCUUAAAAUUUUGAGACUUAGAAAGCCAAAGUUUAUCAAGCAAACAAAAGGGAAACCAGUGU